AUGCGUUUUGCUGUUUCUGCUGCUGUAGUUGUUGCCAGUGCCGUUGCUGUGGCCACUGCCACUGAGGAUGCUUGCUCACAGAUGUGCUCCGAGGUCGAUGGAUGCCGCGGGUCCAAGUAUGGUUCAUACUGCAAGGGUUGGAUGACACCUUCUAUUUGCUUCGGUCUCGUCAGAAGAACUGACGGCUCCUAUUGCUUCCAGCCUGGUGAUGUUAGCUGCGUCGGCGAGGCCGUACCCUGUUCCAUGGGUCAUGUGACCACCGCUGAGCCCACUGAAUCUCCUCUCACCACAGCGGUUCCCGCAACCAAGUCAGCGUCUACUACUAGUGCUUCUAUUGCGACUACCGCUACUGAGGUUAAUACCACGGCUGCUCCAACGACUACCGCUCAGGCCGUGACAACCACCCCUGUGGAGACCACCACUAACACCGUCGGUCCUAUCACUACGACUACUGCUACCACAACUAGAGUGACAACUACAACUACUGCUACCACAACUAGAGCGACCACUACGACUACUACCACCACUCCUAAAGCCACCACUACGACUACUACCACAACUAGAGCAACCACUACGACUACGACGACCACUAAAGCGACCACUACUACUGCUGCUUCUCCUGCAUUCGGUGGUCAUUACUGCGGUAGCAUGAUGGGCCAGAGUUUCACUGUUGACUUUGCCUCUAAUGGCCGCGCUACCAUCAAUGUGAUGGGUAUGUCUGCUGGCGCUGAUUACACCGUUGAUGGUGAUGAUAUCGAGUUCUCUAACUACGAUCCUAUGCUUGCCAAAUUGAUGCAACAGUUCCACAUCAAGAAAAUUGAUGCCACCAUCAUCAGUCCCGAUUCCGUUCAUAUCAAGAUCGGUUUCCUCCUUGACACCACUAUCACUAAGUGCUAA